AUGCAAUUCCUCACACAAGCCACCAUUGCCACGGCAUUCUUGGCGUACGCCGUCUUCUCGGUCCCAAAUCCCCAGGAACUUCCACCGCAAGGUGGUGGUGGUGGUGGUGCUCAGAGACCUUGCUAUUGGAAAUGCUGCGAAUUUGGCCACUCAGGGACCUUCGGUACGCUCUGCAAGAAAAACGCGUCACCCUACCCACACGGCGUUGAUUGUAUGCUGGAUAUGGAGUAUGGAGCGAAUAUGACUUGUUGCCACCAAACUGAUUGUCUUGACCAAUCAUCAUCAAUGCCGACACCGAUUAGGGCUGUAUAG